AUCAUCUCUAUGCUGCGUUUCGCCCGUGGCCUGCGCGAUGACCUGCGCCUGGCGCUCCUGGCGCGGCGCCUGCGGCGCUUCCCUGAGGACCUCCGGCUGCGCGCGGCGGCGGCGGCGCUGCACUGCCGGCGCGCGGAGCGGUCCGCGGAGCGGUCGGAGUCGGAGGAGCUGCAGCAGGCAGCGCAGCAGCACCUGGAAGAGGUCCUUCGCAAGUCCGAGGAUCCGCAAUAUCUUCACCAUGUCUUGACAUCUGCGGUGGGGCCAAAGCUGUUCUACCGCCUGCCACUGCUGUCGUCGCGCUUCAUGCGAAAGAUUGCGCUGCACCAGGAGUGCAUGGAUGAAUUUGGAAGCCGCAGCGAGUUCGAGGAACGCGCCACAGCUUAUCAUUUUGCCAAUGCCUUGGCGAUCCUGAAAGCCUGUGGGGAGCAAGAAGCUGCGCAAGAGAUGUUCCAGGAGGCGAUCGCUUUGCAAUGGCGGGGCCAACGGGCCAUCACUUGGCACUGCUUGGAGCAAACUCCUGCAGUCCACAUCGACGGUUUGGAGCACCGAGUUUUUUGGGACGAACCUCCAGAGUUAGCCAAAGUGCUCGAGGAGAACUAUGAAGAUGUGAGGACGGAUUUGUUGGAGAUGCAGAGCAGCUGGGGAUCACAGGUCCCAGCCUAUCCGAAUUUGGUGGAAACAUCUCAAGGCGUUUGGGAUAUGCUGCAGCUCUACAGCUCUCGCAGGUGGAACCCGGAUGCGUGCGACUUGAUGCCACGGACCACGCAACUGCUGCAGAAGUAUCUGCCGACGGCAGAUGUGCCAUACAUCCACUACAAUACGGAGGAGGUGGUUCUCUUCCUUCUGACGCCCGGGAGCAAGGUGCGCUUGCACAACGGUGGCAGCAAUGCGCCCAUCAACCUCUCCUUGGGGCUGACGGGGAGCACUGGAGCAUUCCUUGAGGUGGCUGGCAAGGUCCGUCCCUUCCGGGACGGAACGGUGGUCGCCUUUGACGAUGGAUCGGAUCAUCGCGUGUGGCAUGAUGGAGCGGAGGACCGUUGGGUCCUGGUGGUGCGUGUGAUGCAUCCGUCGCUGGCGCACGAGCCCUGGAAGUUCUUUAAUCGCGCCUGGACGCGACGGAGCUGCUUCGAGGCCUGGGACGAAGGGCGCCAGGAGCAGCUGACGCUGAGAAAAGACCACAACGCCACUAGAAGUUCUGAAAAGGAUGAGAAGAAUG